GCAAACCCAGGUCACUCGCACAGAACUACCUCCGAAGGAAACCGAAGCUGUGGCCCCGCCCAUCUCCGGCCGAAGCUCAGGUUCCGUCUACUUCCGAACACAGACCUUCAGUACUCGACUGCUUCCGAAGAAAACCGAAGCUCUUAGCUCCGCCUCCAAGCUGUCUCCGCCUCAUUCGGAAUCCAGUCCAGGCCCCGCCUUCUUCCCCGGGCCAGUCGCGUCCCUCGUAGCCCGAAACUCUAGAGCCUCCGCCUUCAGAUCACGAAGCCCCGCCUCGUGGUGUAUUCGGCUGGUAGAUCCUGCGUCCAGGGUUAGCCGCGGACGCGUGCUCCCGGCGCCCGGUGCCAGCUCUUUCCCGGCCUACCCCGUAGCCUGACGGGGUUAGCGCACCCGGCUCCGGAUCGCGCAGCUCCGCCGCCCCAGAGAGAAGCGGGAACGGGAACGCGCUGGGCGAGGAGGCGUGGCCGGCCCGGGGUGGACCGCGGGGCCGGGGCCGCUCGGCCAUCUCCUGACCAGUGGGCACCGCGGAGUCGGGCCCAGGUGGGCCCAGGUGGGCCCAGGCCAUGUCACCCGAAGAAUGGACAUAUCUAAUGGUUCUUCUUAUCUCCAUCCCCAUCGGCUUCCUCUUUAAGAAAGCUGGACCUGGGCUCAAGAGAUGGGGGGCAGCCGCUGUGGGCCUGGGGCUCACCUUGUUCACCUGUGGCCCCCACACUUUGCAUUCUCUGGUCACCAUCCUUGGGACCUGGGCCCUCAUUCAGGCCCAGCCCUGCUCCUGCCACGCCCUGGCCCUAGCCUGGACCUUCUCCUACCUCCUCUUCUUCCGUGCGCUCAGCCUGCUGGGUCUGCCCACUCCCACGCCCUUCACCAAUGCUGUCCAGCUGCUGCUGACGCUGAAGCUGGUCAGCCUGGCUAGUGAGGUACAGGAGCUGCACCUGGCCCAGAGGAAGGAAAUGGCCUCAGGCUUCAGCAAGGGGCCCAGCCUGGGACUGCUGCCCGAUGUCCCCUCUCUAAUGGAGACACUCAGCUACAGCUACUGCUAUGUGGGAAUCAUGACAGGCCCGUUCUUCCGCUACCGCACGUACCUGGACUGGCUGGAGCAGCCCUUCCCCGGCGCUGUGCCCAGCCUGCGGCCCCUGCUGCGUCGCGCCUGGCCGGCCCCGCUCUUUGGGCUGCUCUUCCUACUGUCCUCGCACCUCUUCCCGCUGGAGGCCGUGCGUGAGGACGCGUUCUACGCCCGCCCGCUACCCGUCCGCCUCUUCUACAUGAUCCCGGUCUUCUUCGCCUUCCGCAUGCGCUUCUACGUGGCCUGGAUUGCGGCCGAGUGCGGCUGCAUUGCUGCCGGCUUCGGGGCCUACCCCGUGGCUGCCAAAGCCCGGGCCGGGGGCGGCCCCACCCUCCAAUGCCCACCCCCCAGCAGUCUGGAGAAGGCAGCUGCCCUGGAAUACGACUAUGAGACCAUCCGCAACAUCGACUGUUACCGCACAGACUUCUGCGUGCGGGUGCGGGAGGGCAUGCGGUACUGGAACAUGACGGUGCAGUGGUGGCUGGCGCAGUACAUCUACAAGAGCGCGCCCACCAGCUCCUAUGUCCUCAGGAGCGCCUGGACCAUGCUGCUGAGUGCUUACUGGCACGGCCUCCACCCUGGCUACUACCUGAGCUUCCUGACCAUCCCAUUGUGCCUGGCAGCCGAGGGCCGGCUGGAGUCGGCGCUGCGUUGGCGGCUGAGCCCAGGCGGCCAGCAGGCCUGGGACUGGGCGCACUGGUUCCUGAAGAUGCGGGCCUAUGACUACAUGUGCAUGGGCUUCGUGCUGCUCUCCAUGGGCGACACCCUCCGCUACUGGGCCUCCAUCUACUUCUGCAUCCACGUCCUGGCCCUGAUGGCCCUGGGCCUCGGGCUGGCUUUGGGUGGGGGCGGCCCCAGCAGGCGGAAGGCAGCAUCCCAGGCCACCAGCCUUGCCCCGGAAAAGCUCCGGGAGGAGUAAGCUGCCAACACGCCCUCUGCCGGUCGGGCCAGUUGCCAAGCUUCUGCCUGGGGAUUCUGUGAACCAGGCUGCUGUCUGCUUUCCCAGAAAGGGUCCUUGGCGUGGCUCAAGGCCUGGGGCCUGGGGAGGAUGCCUGUCUCCACUCAGUACCUGCCUCUCACGGGCUAGGGCCACCGCCCUCCCUGGUUCCCUGCUUGCUGCACUUGCCGGCUCCAGAAAGUGUUUCCCUCCUGCAAAAUCCAGACGCUGUCUAGACGAGACUGCCUUUGUCCCUGCCAAGCUUCAGGUUUUCAGAGAGCUGAACUCUGGACUCCCCCAGACAGCAGGUAUAGACGGGGGAAGUCCCCUUCUCUGCUCCACAGUUGGGGGAGGAGCUCCAGGGUGUGGGUAACCUCUUUCUUGUGGCCUUUGUCCCACUUUUAUGGCAUCACACCGGUGUGUCAGGCCUGGAAGGGAGCAUAACCUUCCAUUUCUUGAAGGGCAACUGAGACACAGGUGAGCCAGCCUGGAGACCACCAUUCCUGCAGCUGCCACCUGAGGGUCCCAGUGCUCCUGUAACCCUCUCGUCAUCCUGUGACCUAACGGCAUCCAAGUGUGCCACUCUGACCCAAUAAAGUGUUGCUCAUAGACC